UCAGAUGCAGCGGGCAACCUCCUUUACGGAGAUCAGCCAAUUUCCAACCAACCUUAUGGACUAAUGACUACAUACAGUCACUCACAAGUGACCACUCGAUGGAUGAGCAGAAUGCUGCAAGGAUAAGUAACUUGGAGAAGGAAGUUGUGAAACUGAUACAGGAGGAGAAGGAACUUGAGGACCAGCUUCACCUAAUCGAUCACCUACAGCAGCUUGGCGUGGCAUAUCACUUUAAAGAUGAUAUUAAGGAUGCUUUAGGGAGCAUUCAUGGAUCCCUGGAAGACACAAGCAAGCUGCUGAAGGACAAUCUCCAUGCAACAGCAUUUCUCUUCAGGAUUCUCAGAGAAAAUGGUUUCGAUGUUUCUGAAGAUAUGUUCAGCAGAUUCAAAGAUGAGAAGGGCCACCUCAAAACUUGCCUCCAGCAUCAGACUAAAGGAAUGCUGAGCUUAUAUGAAGCUUCCUACCUUGGAAAGGAGGGGGAGUUUGUACUGAUCGAAGCCAUGGACUUCACGACAAAGCACCUCAAGAAGCUCAUGGAAGAGGGAUCACUUGAGCCUCGUUUCAGGGAACAUGUGGCCCACGCCUUGGAGCUUCCAUUGAAUUGGAGGAUGGAAAGGAUACACACCAGGUGGUUCAUAGAAACAUGCCAAAGGGAAGCCACCAUGAACCCUCUUCUACUUGAAUUGGCUAAGCUGAACUUCAAUAUGAUCCAGAGCAUGCAUAAGAGAGAACUCAAAGAAGUGUCGAGGUAA